CUCCGCCCCCGCUCCGCCCACCCCCCGCGCGGCAGUUUACCUCCGGCGGCGGCGCGCGGCUCGGCGGUUGGCGGCAGGAUGACGGGUGCGGAGCGGGUGCGCGAUGGCAGCUGCCACUUCCAGCGCUCGCGGCUCAUCUGGAUGAUCGGCAUCAUCCUCGGCAUGAUCCUGCUAGGCUGGGUAACACUGUCACCUUCAACCAUCCCUUAUAGCUAUUUGGGACUGUUCGGUGACUUCCUUCGUUAUUUAGUGGACAACUACCACAAGUGGGUGUGCUAUGGGUUCUAUGUAUCCUGGUUGAUUCACAUAGUAGAAGCCUUGUACGGUAUAAAAUUAUGCCAGUCUAAAGGCAUCACUGACCCAGCAGUUCAGUUCCACUGGUUCAUUCAGACACUUCUGUUUGGGUAUGCUUCCUUUGGUCUCCUGGUGUCUUACAAACCUCCAGCCAAGAAAUACUACUAGAAGCCUGGGACAGAAGUCUCUCCUCACAUCCUUCAUCCUUAUUUUUCAGAAAACAACCUCACAUGUUUAGAAGCUGUAAUUAGCUAACUUACAUUCCUACUACAUGAUGCAGUGCCCUUCUACCAAAGUUUCUCUCUCUUACUAAAGAAGAAACUCAACUAUAAUUCACAGGGCCCUGUGGAUGGUUUGGUAGAAACUCAGCCUGUCAGUCCUGGCACUGCUUAAGUUGAAUUCUAUUACGAAAGAGCCAAGGUUGCAGCCUUGCACUAUUUGAUAUGUAUUGUAUACUCUGUCACUGGUGAGAAGAGGCCCUGACAGUAGUUAGUAGUGGUUCAUAGGUGACCUUUUCAUGGGGAGAAUUUUUCUUCUAUGGCAGAAAUUGUUAUUUACAGCCACAAAGCAACUUGCACCUGUUUUGUGGCAGGAUGUAAGUUCUUCCUACAAUUUUUCUACAGGACCUAUUACUAGCUUUCUCUGUAUUUGUUAGAGCCUGGUCUGUGUCAUUUGUUAUGUCAACCUACUCUCUUCAACAAGGGACAGACUACUUCACUGCUGCAGGCACACGAAAAAGACCAAGUCUUUUAAAAGACCAAGUUCAGGUUGAGGUGCAGCAAUGAGCUGGGAUACAUAAAGCACUUUAACUUGGUUUAAUAUGUGUGCCUUCAAUUUCAUGCAGCAUGACCUCAUCUUUCAAAUGUAGACUUUAUUCUCUGAGUUAUUGUAAUAUAUAACUCUCUAUAGAGCACAGAAUCCUGUAGCUUUUGUGAGAACUAACUUAGCAUCCAAGAAAAAAAUACCCACUACAUUCCAAAAAGAAAAUCUUGUAGGUUGCCACAUGAAAAUUAAGCAUAACAAGUCAGCACUCACCCAUCUGCCAGACGGGUGGCAGCUUCUGAAAUCUUUUCAUUUGUAGGCCAUUGUAAGCAUCCCUCUGAAUAUAUUCUGUAUGUCUAAUUGAGCCCUUUUAUCUUACUGUCUGUUUUACCCCUCUCAGUGUUUAACCAGAGUUAGCUGUUGUCGUUUUUAGCACUUUCAGAACUAAUUGCUAUUUAAAAUAAUAACUGUGAUUUGGGGAGAGGAUUUUACCACACUACCCAUGGUGCUACUGUUCUGAUAAAAAGAAGAGAAGAUGAGCUUUGCUCAAAAGAAAAGCUCCUUGAGGCAGUAAUGAGCAAGCAUAUACCUUGUGUAGCAUGUAUGGACUACGCUAUGCUAUAAGACAUGUGAUAUGUAAGUCUUAUUGAGUACAGGUACUUGAGCUUUUUGCUUUUUAGUUCAUACUAAAAGCAUAGGGAAAUGAAGAGCUUUCAAUGGUGGAGUGGCUUUUUUCCUUUUUUCUUUUUCCCCCGCUUUUUGACCAAUGCCCAACAGAUACCACUAACAGUUUUUAGACAACUACAAAGUAUGUUUAGUGGUUAGAAAACCACAGGAGCAUCAAGAACCUGGGCUAGAUUUCCCUGUGUAACUUUUUAUCUUAUUCUGUGAUCCUUUAAUAAAGAUUUAAAAAAAAA